GUUUCUCAGCAGUUUUUCAAGACCAAUCAUUCGAGCUGCUCCAGUUGGCUGCUGCGCUUGUAUCUGCCAAUGAUGGCCGUGGCCUAUACAAAUAAUAAUUACGCGCAAGUGGUGCGACUUGGUGCAUGUUUGCUCAAAGAUAUCGAGAAGCGACUCAUAGCAAACGGAAACAAUGUUACGCCCAGAGAAAAAAGUCUGAAUUUGAUGCUCUUGUUAGCCAGAGCCGGCAUGGAUUCAAUGGUUCAUACAUGUCUUUCAUGGAUGGUAAAAGCCCUGAUUGAGCUGGGCCGUUCGCAAGUCAUUAUGGGACUUUACACUUGGACUGAAAAAUAUUACGGUCAACGUUUCGAUUGGGUCAAAUGCUCUGCUGAAAUGGCAUCUGGAAGAAUAGAAACAGCUCUCUGCGGAUUGCAAAAACUUCUGCAUGGUGCUGAUUUGCCAGAGAAUGUGCAGAAAACAUGCAGGCAACUUAUCAUUAUGGGUUUGGAAAUGCUUCGUAAUCCGGAUGAGAUCAGUCGCUUUCGACCAGUUAUCCAAGAAGACUCGACGACCAACCCCGAUGCUUUGCCUGAGGGAUUUGAAGAAAUUGCAUGGAAGAGAUAA